CAGGGUGCUGAAGUAGGCUACACUACUUCAUGCACACUACCGAGGGAGGGAGAGAGGCGAUCAGCCACACCCGCUUCAGCUUAUUGGGCAUCUCUCCGUGGAACGUCACAUGCAAAAGAGCCGUUGAAUUAUAGAUUAAAGGGAGGCAGAACAUGCAGAUUGGGUCCCACACACAAACACGGUCCCCCGAUGACUGAGAGAUGCGUCCUGACGAGUCCCUCUGAAGAGCUCCAGCGUUCCCCUGCGUUCGACAGCGUUCACUCUCUAACAGCGCGGUGAAGACAGCACGAUGCUGGGAUCCUGUCGAGAUGGGACAGCGCUGGCUCUCAUCCUGCUCAGUGCUCUGGUGCUCACAGCUGAAGCGGACGAGGAGCUCAUCUUCAGCGAUCAUUUUCUGGUCCAGCUGCACGAGGGGACGAACGAAGAUGCUCAUCAACUUGCCCUGGAGCACGGCUUUGGGAGCGCAAGGAAGCUUCCUUUAGGCGAGGGACUUUUUCAUUUCUACCCACGGGAAAUCCCUAAAACCAGGAGGAAACGCAGCCUGCAGCAGCACCGGCGCCUGGCGAAGGAUCACCGGGUGAAAAAUGUGUUUCCUCAGGAGGGUUUUGGCCGUCAAAAGAGGGGCUACAGAGAAAUCAGUAACAUUGACAUCAACAUGAGUGACCCGCUUUUCACCAAGCAGUGGUAUCUUAUAAAUACGGGCCAAGCGGACGGGACCCCAGGGCUGGAUCUCAAUGUGGCAGAAGCCUGGAACAUGGGCUUCACUGGCAAAGGUGUGACCAUCGCCAUCAUGGACGACGGUAUUGAUUACCUACAUCCAGAUCUCGCCUCAAAUUACAACGCAGAAGCCAGCUUUGACUUUAGCAGCAACGACCCGUUCCCGUACCCACGCUACACAGACGACUGGUUCAACAGUCAUGGCACCAGGUGUGCUGGAGAGGUGUCUGCGGUUUCAAACAACAACAUCUGUGGAGUGGGCGUGGCCUACAACUCCAAGGUAGCAGGCAUUCGUAUGCUGGACCAGCCCUUCAUGACGGACAUCAUCGAGGCCUCAUCCAUCAGCCAUAUGCCACAGGUUAUUGACAUCUACAGCGCCAGCUGGGGUCCCACCGACGACGGCAAGACGGUGGACGGCCCGCGUGAGCUCACCCUGCAGGCCAUGGCCGACGGAGUCAACAAGGGUCGAGGUGGGAAAGGCAGCAUCUAUGUGUGGGCCUCUGGAGACGGUGGUAGCUAUGACGACUGUAACUGCGAUGGAUACGCCUCCAGCAUGUGGACCAUCUCUAUUAACUCAGCCAUCAAUGACGGACGCACCGCGCUCUACGAUGAAAGCUGCUCCUCCACCCUCGCCUCCACCUUCAGCAACGGCCGUAAACGAAAUCCUGAAGCAGGCGUGGCCACCACGGAUCUUUAUGGAAACUGCACACUCCGUCAUUCGGGCACAUCUGCUGCCGCCCCUGAGGCCGCUGGCGUGUUUGCCCUGGCGUUGGAGGCCAAUCCGAACCUGACAUGGAGGGACCUGCAGCACCUGACGGUCCUCACCUCUAAGAGGAACAAGCUGCAUGAUGAGGUGCACCAGUGGAGGAGGAACGGUGUGGGCCUGGAGUUCAACCAUCUGUUCGGGUACGGUGUGCUGGAUGCCGGAGGAAUGGUCAAACUGGCCCGGGAGUGGAAAUCUGUCCCGGAACGAUUCCAUUGUGUGGCUGGAUCCAUGCAGGAGAUACACAAAAUACAGUCGGACAGCAAGCUGGUGCUGAGAAUCACGACCGAUGCAUGCCAGGGCAAAGAAAACUUUGUGCGCUAUCUGGAGCAUGUGCAGGCCGUCAUCACCGUCAAUGCCAGCCGUCGCGGAGACAUCAACAUCAACAUGACUUCACCGAUGGGGACCAAGUCCAUCCUGCUGAGCCGUCGACCCCGGGACGAUGACGCCAAGGUGGGCUUCGACAAGUGGCCCUUCAUGACCACCCACACGUGGGGCGAGGACCCUCGAGGAGCCUGGUUGCUGGAGGUGGGUUUCCAGGGUGAAGACAUGCAGAACGGUGUGCUGAAGGAGUGGACCCUAAUGCUGCACGGAACACAAAGUGCCCCUUACAUAGACCAAGUGGUGCGGGACUACCAGUCCAAACUGGCCAUGUCCAAAAAAGAAGAGCUUGAGGAGGAAUUAGAUGAAGCUGUGGAGAGAAGCCUGAAAAGCCUUUUAAGUAAAAGUAACUAGCCAUGUGCAUGAAAAUAUCCUCUCUGUAUUAGCGUAUCCUAGCCCAUUCUCUCUCAGCUUUCUAUUUUUUCUUGUGAUUAUUUGAUGAAUGUCUGACAUGAGUCUAUCCUAUUAAAGUGUAUUCUCUGAAUGAUACAGCGGCAGCGAAAACCAUUUUGACACUUGAGACGUGCUUGGAAACAUUUGAACAUGAUUGUGCCAAAUAUCAAAGCAAGUGGCAUUUUCAUUAAUGAAAAAUAGCACAAGCACACUGUAUAAUCAAACACUUUACAGAAAGACUUUUGUCAGGUUUAAAUACAGUUCAUGUACUAAAAAGUCAUCUGGACAACAGUGAAGUCAUUGCAGAAGUACCUCAGAGAGUUAGUUCUGAGGACACCUCUAGCAUCAUUUGUAUAUAUGUAGUUUUUAAAUGCAGUGACAUUCAGACUAUAAUUUGUGACUUGAGUGUCCAAAUGCUUUUUUUUGCACCGCUGCAUGUCCCAGUGAGAAUAUAUUGCAUCUUAAUUUUGAUGUUCCUUUUUUACACUUUACAGAAAUGUACAUAAACCAAAUAUAUCAAUACUUUACUAUGCUCUUGCUUUUCCUGCUGUCCCCCACCUCUGCUGUACAGUUUGUGAUGUUAUAUCAUUUUGUGUGAUUCUCUUUUAAAGUUUAGUAUCUUGCAAACAGAGCAGUGAUAUUUCUUUGUUUGUUUGUUUUUAAAUUUUUUUGUGAGAAGAAGAUUUGUUUUAUUUUUAUUUUAUGAAGAGAUGAAAUGUACAUCAUUCUACUGCUUAUGGCCAAAGCAUAUUUCAUAGCAUUGUCUAUAUAUAAUAAAUAUAUUUAGCUGUUUGUUAAAGCA